AGUGGAAGGAGAAGUCUGUGGUGAUGUCAGCAUCGAGCGAGGCGUACCAGAAGCUUCUCGCAGAGGCACUUGACAUGAACCGAAGUCGAAUCCUGGCCUUCAAGAACAAGCCACCGCCCCCAGUAGAGCUAAUCCCAAAAAGCUGGCUCUCCCCCACUGCUUACCAGUCUAAAUUCAUCAAGCCCUGUCGAUCCAUACCCAAGACCUGCCAGAGGACGCUAGAUGCUCCUAACAUAUCGGAUGAUUAUAAUCUGAACUUGCUGGACUGGGGUGCCAACGACGUGGUAGCGAUCGCUCUUUCCCAAACGGUGUACUUGUGGAAUGCCUCCAAUGGCUCUAUUACAGAACUGGUGACCUUCAAUAAUGAGGAGGGUCCUGUCACGAGCGUGAGCUGGGCUCCUGAUGGUCAGAGUAUUGCCAUUGGCUUACAAAAUUCUCAGGUCCAGCUCUGGGAUUUCUCUGCUCAAAGACAGCUGAGAACUUUAAGAGGAGGCCAUCGACUCCGAGUUGGUUCCUUGGCCUGGAACAAUCACGUCCUCACUACAGGAGGCAUGGACUGUAUGGUCAUCAACAAUGAUGUGAGACUCAGAUCGCACAUUGUUGGAACCUACAGGGGGCAUCACCAGGAAGUCUGUGGCCUGAAAUGGUCGCCCUCGGGAAAACAGCUGGCUAGCGGAGGAAAUGACAAUCUCCUUUACUUGUGGGACAGAUCCAGAGCCUUUUUGAAUUCCGGUGCUCAGUGGCUUCACAAGAUUGAAGCCCACACAGCCACCGUGAAGGCCCUUGCUUGGUGCCCAUUUCAGGCGAAUUUACUGGCCUCGGGAGGGAGCGACCGAUGUGUUAAAUUUUGGAACACAUGCACGGGCACGUGUCUGAAUUCAGUGGACACCGGUUCUCAGGUGUGUGCACUGUUGUGGAGCAAGAGGGAGAGGGAAUUGCUAAGCUCUCACGGGCCUGCUGAGAACCAGCUCAUUCUCUGGAAAUAUCCUUCUAUGCGAAGGAUGGCAGAGCUAAGUGGACACACAUCUAGAGUUCUGUUCCUGGCACAGGGUCCGGAUGAAUGCACGGUGGCAUCUGUAGCAGCAGAUGAAAGAUUAAUGUUUUGGCAAGUGUUUGGGAUACCAGAAGUGGCUAAGCCCACACCCAAAACCUCUUCCGAGCCAUUUGCCCUUUGGCACGGUAUCCGUUGAACUCAACAGAUUGACUAGUGCUCAUCAUUUUACUGCUUCUGCCCAGAAUUUUUUCAGCCUAUUUGCUUAACCAACAUUGGAUUUGGAGCUACAAGUUGAUAUUCAGACGGGAGAUUGUCACGUAAGUGUAGUUGCAAACUGACUGACCAUGAAUUUUCAAUUUUAAAAGUGCUCUUCUUUCUCCAUCUAAUGUCUUUCUCUUGUUUGGGUUGGUUGGAGAUCUUGAGGCAUGCGUCGAUGAUUAUAGUAAAUCUUUCAAAGAAGGAACUGGUUACAUCGGCUGUUGGAUGAGUUCACGGUAUCAGCCUCUAUUGCCUGUUGAAAUGGUGGAGACAUCGUCAGAGCUUCGUUAUGAGGGGGUACUUCUAGAAAUUAUUCUGUCAUUAUUGUCUGUUAGUGACUGUAAUGUGGUUUCUCUAAUUUUCUUCCAGUUAUGUUCCUCAUUUAAAUAGGGGAUCACCUAAUGGGCAAGGAAGAGGUCGCGGUGGUAGAGGAAGACUGAGAUCUAGAGGUAUUGCAUUCACAAAGCUGAACAAUUUUUUAGAUCGCAUGGAAGGGAGUGUUUUAGAUAUGGGAUCUUGCAUCAUGGUUAAGUAAAUUGUUUUCAUUCUCGGUUGUAAUGGCACCAAAAUGUUAAU